AUGAACACCUGGAAUACCCAAUUGGAUUCAAUAGUGGAGGAGGAUUUGGCAGCCAAGGUGUUUAUGGAGUAUCAAGCCCUGAUGUUGGUGAUCAAAGCGAAAGAUUCAAUCCUGGAAGUUGGGGAGUGCUUGCAGGUAUGGAUGAAUAUAACGGAGCAGAUCCACAAUUCUGGAGGAGGAUUUGGCAGCCAAGGUGCUUAUGGAGUAUCAAGUCCUGAUGUUGGUGGUCAAAGCGAAAGAUUCAAUCCUGGAAGUUCGGGAGAGCUUGCAGGUAUGGAUGAAUAUAACGGAGCAGGUCUACAAUUCGUUGGUCAAAGGGAAGAAUUACAAAAUGGACACCCGGAUUUUCGAAUUGGAUUUAAUAGUGGAGGAGGAUUUGGUAGCCAAGGUAUUUAUGGAGUAUCAAGUCGUGAUGUUGGUGGUCAAAGCGAAAGAUUCAAUCCUGGAAGUUCGGGAGAGUUUGCAGGUAUGGAUGGAUAUAACGGAGCCAGUCCACAAUUCGUUGGUCAAAGGGAAGAAUUACAAAAUGGACACCCGGAAUACCCAAUUGGAUUCAACAGCGGAGAAGGAUUUGGCAGCCAAGGUGUUUAUGGAGUAUCAAGUCCUGAUGUUGGUGGUCAAAGCGAAAGAUUCAAUCCUGGAAGUUCGGGAGUGUUUGCAGGUAUGGAUGGAUAUAACGGAGCAGGUCCACAAGACGCAGGUCAAAGGGAAGAAUUAAAAGAUGAUCGCCCGGGAUUCAACAGUAGAGGAGGAUUUGGUAGCCAAGGUGUUUAUGGAGUAUCGAUUCCAUAUGGCGGUUAUCCAAGCACAGGGUUCAAUUUCGGGCAUCCAGGAGAAUUUGGAGGUAUGGAAGGAUAUAGCGGAACAGGUCCUCAAGUCGUUGGCAAAAUGGAAGAAUUGACAGAUGAACGCGCGGAAUACCGAAAUGGAUUCAACAGUGGAGGACAAUUUGGUAAUCAAGCUGUCUAUGGAGUAUCGAGUCCUGAUGUUGGUGGUCAAAGCGAAAGAUUCAAUCCUGGAAGUUCGGGAGUGUUUGCAGGUAUGGAUGGAUAUAACGGAGCAGGUCCACAAUUCGUUGGUCAUAGGGAAGAAUUCAAAAAUGGACACCCGGAAUACCCAAUUGUAUUCAACAGUGGAGGAGGAUUUGGUAGCCAAGGUUUUUAUGGAGUAUCGAGUCCUGAUGUUGGUGGUCAAAACGCACUAUUCAAUCUUGAAAAUCUGGGAGGAAAAAGCCAAACAUUAAAUAAUAAUGAUAAUAGAGGCGCAUAUGGCGUAGCAGGUGCCAAUAUUGGUGUUGAAAGCGAUAGAUUCAAGGGAUUCAGUAACGGAGAAGGAGUUGACGGUCACGAACUUCUUCAGACAAUCACCAAUUUUUAUCUGGGGGAUUCCCAGGAGGAGCCGCAACGUCGGCGCCAGCAGGAGCGCUUCGCCGAUGGAGAGGAGCCGGCAAUGGGGAGGGGGCUCCCCCCAAAACGCCAGGACCAGGGCCAGGAGACCCUCUUGGCGGGCCCCUUCUUUCCGGAGAAUUUGGGAGCUGUUAGUGAUGAGCAUGGGAAGCGGGUUAUUAAAUCAUUAAAUGAAGGACAACAUUGA